GGAAAACUGCAGAAAUACACAUUUCUGUGUGCUGGAGAGCUGGAGGAGCUGUCCACCAACAUCGGUGCUGAAGCUGUCAGACACGGAGCUUCACCGCGCAUUAAGUUGUUCGGUGUCUCUUGUCUAAAGGAUGUACUGGUCAAUAAGCACACUGCCUUUUCCUGAGUAUGUUGAGCUUGGUUUCCAUUCACUGAGUGGCCUUCUGUGGACUCUGCUAUUCCUGUUUCUGUGGCACUGUUACCGGAUUGGCUCUGACCUGCCAGUCCCAGGCCAUGGUGGAAAGUUAAAGUCAAACUCAAGGCGGUCCAUGAUUUCCCGAAGCGGUGUGUGCAUAGGAACAAAAUGCAGUGCCCGAUCCAAGUUAUCAAGAAGCGAUCAGAUUGCUCCUUUUAUUUCCAUGGAAACAGCAAAGGAUGAGGAGCAGGGACAGGGCUACCUCACGCCAGUGCUGAGUCACUCUUUAUUCCCUGCCCAGGCAUCUGCAGAAGCCAAGAAGCUGUACGCAGCACUGCAAGAGUAUGCCAAGCGCUACAGUUGGGUGGGCAUGGGCCGUAUUCAUAAAGGCCUUCGUGAGCAGGUCAGACUGAAUGAUCUCUCCACCAUACAGAAGCCGCAUCUCUUCUUCCUGCCAGAUGUCCCAAGUGUUCCUUUUUUCCCACGAGAUGCUCAUCGACAUGAUAUCGAGGUCUUAGAGUCAAACUACCCUGCCAUCUUGGCUGAAUUCCAGGCUGUUUACCAGAGAGGCAUUGACCACAAAUCAGGCUGGACAUCUCUGGGGGCAAAGAGCCAGGCUGUGUUUCCCUUGUACAGUGCAGGUGUCUCUGUGGCAGAAAACUGCCGCUCUUGUCCCUCCACAUACCGCACACUUCUUUCUCUGCGUACAUUCAUAAACAGCAACUCAUUGGGAUCUGCAGGAUUUUGGCUGCUGGGCCCUGGAGCUACACUGACGAGCUCCUACGGACCAACAAACACACGCCUUCGCUGUCACCUUGGUUUGCAGACGCCGGCUUUGUGCGAGCUGGUGGUGGGAGGCGAGCCUCAGUGUUGGUCAGAGGGCCACUGUCUCCUCCUCGAUGAUUCAUUCCUUCACACCAUCUCUCACAAGGGUCUUCCAGAAUCUGGACCGAGAGUCAUUUUGAACGUGGACCUAUGGCAUCCCAAUGUGGCUGCAGCAGAGAGACAAGCUUUGGAUUUCAUGUUCACCCCUGACCUUUGACUUUUUUCCUGCACUUCCUGUGAGCCCCUUGCUGGGAUGCCUUAACUUAGCCCAACUCCUCCUGGUUCACACGCCUCAUUCCAAUCUGUGAAUCACUGUGCAAAUCCUCAGUUAAGAAUUAGACAAGCCAUUUGCUAAGCAUUCAAGCAGUGUUUAAUGUUUGGUCUACAGUAGUAAUCCCGAAAGUGGCGCAGUACUUUUGCUGUUAUGCUUUAUGCAUGAUGCACUGGUUUAAAAACACAGUCUGAUCACAUCUUAAAGCACAAACAUGAGAGCAGGGGUUAACUGCUGUUUUAGCAUUUUAAUUCCAUUUGCUACGCUAAUAUAUGCAUGCAAAGCCUCAGACUUUGUAACUGUAACUGCCGUUAUCUGAGAUUUUGCAUGUGCAUGGGGACGUUUUAGAUAUUCAUAUUUUAAAUUGGUUUGUAACUACAAACAAGUCAAUCCAAAAAACUGUGAAUACUUAAUA